GGGAAAUCCACCAUGUUUCAAGAAACCGGAAUGGCAGACUGUGGAUACCGAAUCACGAAAUACGUCUACGCGACACCGGACAUCGACAUCCCAUCACAAUUGGGAACUUGUCGGAGUCAUUGGAUCGGGUACGUCGCCGUGUCAGACGACGACGAGGUUAAGAAACUCGGGAGGAGAGACAUCGUAGUAUCUUUCCGUGGUACGGUGACCCACACUGAGUGGAUUGCCAACUUCAUGAGCUCCCUAACGCCGGCCAGGCUCGACCCAAACGAGUCGAGACCCAACCUGAAGGUCGAGUCGGGGUUCUUGAGUCUCUACACAUCAGAUGACAGUAACUGUAAGUUCAGUCAUGGGAGUUGCAGAGAGCAAUUGCUCUCUGAAAUAUCAAGAUUGUUAAAUAAGUAUAAAGAUGAGGAGAUUAGUAUUACAUUGGCUGGUCAUAGUAUGGGGAGUUCUUUAGCUCUGUUGCUUGGUUAUGACCUAGCUGAGCUUGGACUGAACCGGGUCGGGUUGAAUCGAACAAUACCCGUCACCGUUUAUUCGUACGGUGGGCCUAGGGUUGGGAAUCUAGGGUUUAAGGAGAGGUGUGAGGAGCUUGGAGUUAAGGUUUUGAGAGUGGUGAAUGUUAAUGACCCUGUGACAAAACUGCCAGGGGUUUUCUUAAAUGAGAAGUUUAGGGUUUUGGCUGAGAGGUUUGAGCUCCCAUGGAGUUGUGCAUGUUAUGCACAUGUUGGGGUUGAGCUUGCAUUGGAUUUCUUCAAGAUGAAGAACCCCGCGUGUGUCCAUGACAUUGGGACUUAUGUUGGGUUAUUGAAGUGUCCUAAAAUGAAGAAAGUGAAGAAGGAUGGGGUUAAUUUGAUUAAUAAGGCAAGGGAAUUUGUGGGUCAGCAAAAUUUUGGUGCUUGGCCAUGGCAAGAUGCUGCGAUACAAGUUGGUAACUUGGUACAAACCCUAAGAAUUUGA